GUGACAGUGACAGCUCACCAUACAAAAAUUUCAUCAAAUAUUCCAUUUUAGCUCGUAAUUCAGGGCGUAAUUAGAAAUGUCUUACAUUACCGGCCCCGACGUCGUCAAAUACGCCUGCACUUGCGGCCUCCUGAAACCGAUAUCCUAUUUGUAUUUCUGCCGAUACUGCACCCAACUCCGGUGCAGCUUCUGCGUCUGCCAUGAAGUCGAUUCGAAUUUCUGCGGAAAAUGUUCGGAGAACAUCCCCUCAUCGGAGGCCCGAUCGAAGAAGAACCGAUGCGGAAACUGCUACAUAUGCCCCAGUUGCGAGCAGGAACUGUCCCCCCGAGUGGCCUCCAGCAAAGCUUCGGCCGAAGGAGACGAGAAGGUCGCCGCUAGGAAAAUGUACUAUCUCUUCUGCCAGUUCUGCAGGUGGAGCUCGAGGGAUGUCGGUAUUCCGGACCAAUCGAGCGUAACGGGAGGAUGGCCUGAGAGGGAAAACGUCCACGCGAAUAGCUUGCACGAGUUACUAGAUUUAGAUAAAGCGAUCGUAUUGGCCCAGAAGCAGCAGCAAGAGAAAGACAAGAAGAAACAACGAGGAAAGUUCAUAAGUUACACUGAUCGAACCGGUGUAACGGCAGCUGCUCUUCGUAAACGAAUCGGUUUACCGGCCGAUUUGACUCAUCCAUUGUUGAAAUCCAAACCGAAGGAACCCGAACCGAUGGUGGCACGAACCGAGGUUGAGAAAUUACCCGACGAUAUUUUCACAAAACCCAUAAAUUUAAUGGAGAUUACUACAAUCAACCAGCGUUUGCUUCAACCCGAAGCCCAGCCUACUACGGUUGAUAAAUUGUUCCCCGUUCACAAACAAUUGUCUAUAAAACGUACGUUGAGAUGUAGAACGUGCGAACAUAACGUUAGCAAACCGGAGUACAAUCCUAGCUCGGUCAAGUUUAAAAUCCAGCUGUUUGCUUAUUAUCAUGUACCGGAGGUACGUAUCGUAACGGUGGAACCAUUACGAGCGGGGAAACCUUGCGAAUUGAUCCUAAAAUUCACGAAUCCCACCCAACAUCAAACGACAAUCAGCUUCGAGGAAUUGAAUUUGGUCGAAUGCUCGGAGAUAGAGGAGAACAAAUUCUCAGAGCUCGUCCAGAAUUUGAGCAUUCAAGAUAAGCAACCAUUAUCGCUCUCGAACCAAUCCAGCGGUUCGUUGAGUCUAUCAUCGAGGUCCCCUUCGAUCGUGGUGAAACCGAGAACAAUCACGAAGAGUACUAAUUGUACCGUUGAGAUACCUACUAGUUCGUUUAUUUUAUUACCCAGAGACGAUGCUGCUGAGUAUGAUGAUUCCGGAGACACUCACAGCAUCCAAGAUGAUCCCAAGUUGGUGAAAUGGAGGAAAUCCAAUAAAGCUUUCGUUAGGCUCACCGUAACUCCCGAUGAAGGAUUACCGUUGAACACUGAGGUGAAUUGUGGCUUCGUUAUGCAGCAUUUAUACACAAACACGAUCAGCGGGCAAUUGGAAAAGAAGGAGCCCCAAAAAUACGAUCACAAAGUUAAAGUUUUCCUAACACUCGGUGUUACCGUUGGAUCUGAAUAAUAGUAUUACAUUGCAUCGAAUUUCGCUUUUUAUGUAUUAGUAUAUGCAGUUAAUUUAUAUCCUUAUUUUAAAUAAAUUAUGCUACUACAAUCGCGCGUUAUUUCAAACGGGUAGUUCAUAAAAAAAAACCAAUCGGUCUGUUCAAUCAACAUGUAUUGCC